AUGCCGCCGACAAAGGAUAAAUCAACCAAAGUCCGGCUAUCGAAGCAAUGGAGGCGAAUGGAGCAGGACAACUUACACCAAGCAAUCAUUGAUGAUUGUCUACCGCGCUACCCUUCGAACGAGCCGCCGAAGAAAGUCCAAGUCAACGCCGUAAAAAGUCUAGUCGGCGGGAAACACACGUUUGUCAUGGCUGGAACGGGUUGUGGCAAGUCGCGCAUCUCCGAGAUGUACUAUCAUCUCUUCGCCAAAUCGAAGAAGGCCGUCGUUCUCGUAUUGAACCCUCUCGAUGCCUUGGGUGAUAAUCAAGUCAAGGAAAAGAUUUCGCAGAAAUACACAGCAAUCAAUUUGAAAAAACUCACCUUUGACCAGGAUGUUGCCGACGACAUUCUAAAGGGAAAAUACAAUUUUGUCUAUUUAAGUCCCGAGGUGUUCUUGAACAACCAGAUGUUCACCGAUGUUUACCACAACACCAAGUUCCAAGAUCGACUUGCCUUGAUUGUUGUAGACGAGGCGCACAUGAUAUACAGCUGGGGGCUUGUUGCUAACAAACAAGCAAAAAAAUCGUCCGCGCACAAACGACAUCAGGAUCGAUCGAUCUUUCGGCCAUCGUAUGGGGACAUGGGCCGUCAGUUAAUGGCCACCGAGGACACUCCAAUUCUAUUCCUAUCUGCAACUUGCCGUCCGAAAGCUGUCACCGAGAUCCUCAAGAGCCUAAAAAUCCCUGAAGAAACUGUUAAUUUUGUCCGAGCAGAGCUUACCCGACCAGAGAUUCGAAUUGUUCGAUAUCCUAUGCAAUCCUCGCUCAAGUCGGCCAAAGAUCUCAUGUCGAUGUUUGGAAGAAAAGAAGAUAUCAAAUCAAGCGAGAUUGUACCCACUCUGCUCUACUCUGGUACAAGGAACGCAACCUUUCAAGUUAUGAAGGUCGUCAACAACGCGAGAGGUACUAGUGGCGAAGAAUAUAAUCCCAGAAGUCAACUGAUUCGGAGGUAUCAUGCCUGUACAGGUGAUAUGGAUAAGGAAGAUACAAUUACUGGCUACGAAGCUGGUAAAUUUCCCUGUAUCUCCUGCACCAUGGCAUUGGGGCUGGGCCAGAACUGGAAGCGGGUUCGACGGGUGAUACAUAUGGGCCGCGGCGACCCCUCGUGUAUUUGCCAGAUGAUUGGACGCUGUGGGCGCGAUGGCAAGCCGGGGUUGGCCGUCCUUUUCAUGGAACCGAAACGGAAGUUUGGCUUGAAUACUCUGGAAGCGAUUGCAGGAGCCGACAAGGAAUCCAAUGAUGUCCGGAUGGAUUCCCUUGCAAUCACUCCAGUCUGCCUCCGGAUAGCUUUUUCAUGUGAUAAUCUAUAUGGCUAUAUACCAAUGGAUCACGGCGACCUGAACUAUCUUCACGAACAAGCCCGCGAAGAACGCGAGGGCUUCCCAUUGUGUAGAUGCUCAAACUGUGCACCGGAUGAGGCAAAAAUUCUUAAGGCGCAAAUGAAAGAAAUGAAUCUGAGUAACUUUGAUAGCAUCUUAGACCAAACCCUCUUACCUGGGCAGAUUCCCGAUGAAGAGCCCAAAAAGAAAACCACACGAUCCCGUCGCCCAAAGCCUAAAAAACUGAGCCUCCUUAUGCAGAAGCUCUCUUCCACACUUGUUAGCAGCUUCAACAAAUUCUUUGCUGACGUGUACGGCAAGCCUCGAUCGUUUCUUCCUCAACAAAUCUUUGGAUUGACUGAAGCAAAUGCCAUUGCAACAAAUUUUGAUAAGGUUAAGAAUAAAUCUGAUAUUGCGAAGCUAAUUGGCGGUGAAGCAUUAGAAGGCGAGUUAGACAUGUUAGAUGUAUCCAUUGAAAACUUCAAACAAGGGGACGAUUACCAAGCGUACUUGAAAGAGACCAAAACAAAUGGACCCUGCCGGAUCGCUAUCAAAUGUUACUACAACUUCACCACUGAAAGACCAAGUCCUGCAAACAGAAUCGGCGCCAUCAAACUCGAAUCUAGCCGCACUACCACCAGCAAAAACGCGAGUGACCAAACCAAGACCAAGCGCAAGCCAAGUUGCCGAGAAUAA